GUCCUGCAAGUUCAAUCCAAUCUCUUUGCUCAGAAUUCAAAAGCUUAUCAAACUUUUCUAUCGAAAGCUAACGACAGCACAUCUCGCCAGAGCAAGUUAAAAUGGGUUUCUGCAACGACCUCGUCUGCUGUCCCUGCCGGGCUCUUCAGCUGGUUGUGGAUGCCCUUGUGGUGGUCCUGUGCUGCCCAUGCAGGUGUAUGUGCGGCUGCCCUGCCACUGCAACGGAGGGUGCAGGGCCAGUUGUGCGCUAAGGCACCAUGCGGCACCCUUGAAGGUACUGGAAUCCCAAAGAAUAAUGCUCGGGAGCAUAUUCACAAGGAGCAUGAACAAGUUUGUGCAGCAUGUCCGCAUGCCUGUGCAGUUUUGCUGGACAUCCAAUUUUAUACAACGUUAGCGUGAGUGGCGCGUGCAGCCAUGCCUGCCUGAAAGGCGCUUGCAAGCCUUUGAUGAAUGAUCUUGCCAAAACGCCGAAGGAUUUUGUUGCAUCGAGUUGUGUCAUGUCUUUUUGAAUGUGUUGAGUUGGUUUGUCUAUUUCAGCAUACAUGUCUGGUUCUCUAACCUAAGAGGUCUGUCCCAGUGCAGGAUAGCAGUUGGUAGGGCAGGGCAGUAGGGUGUCUGAAUGGGUGCCUUGUGUUUAUGAUGGCAAGCUUAUUAGGCCAGCUGGCAUUGCAUUCCAGAGUCUCAAUUCGUUCAGGGUGACUAGCCAUCCUUGAUCAAUGUAUCCACAAUAAUCAACAGCAAUCUAAAGUACAACCUGACGUCAACAGAUGAGAUCCUGUCUCUGUUAGCUUUCAGUAUUCUUGAUGGGUAGUGUUAAUACCUGACUUGCAAAGAAACCCAAGAAUGAAAUGUGGCAACCACCCAAACGUUCAAUGUCAAUGGGACACAUGUAGAGUUCUUUGCACAAUACUGAGUAUUAAUCACACUGGAUGAGGGAAAUUUUUACAACCACCAGUCCCAAUGGCCAGAUUCACCGAUCUGACGACCAGAGUCAAGGAAAGCUCCGCGUUUGUCUCGAGGAUUGCAGAAGAAGUUCACAUAAAUUCACAAGAGGCAUGGAAUGCAGCAUACGCGAUUGGUACCGAACAACUCGAGCAAUUGACUUCUCUAAGGGCCUUCAACUCAGAUCUGCACUACAUCGACAAAGGACCCCUGACUAUCUUAUACCUGCUCUGCAUGGAUGCGAUCAAUUGCUGUUUCUGGCCUCAGCCUGGGCUUGAAUAUGAGCAUCUGGCGAGAGGUCUGAAGGAGGCCCUAUUGCGUGACAAGAAAGCUUUGGAUGCUGGCAGGCUGGCAUGCAUCACUGGCAGCCAACUGCAGGAGCUUCUCUCACUGAGAAAACCCAUGCCGGCACAAGACACACGGGCAGGCCUCCUGAGAGAGGUGGGUCAGCAGUUGCUGGCUUGCUUUGAUGGACGGCCGGAGCGGCUCAUUGCCCAAGCGCAAGGGUCUGCGGCACGGCUUGUUGACAUUGUCACAGAAACCUUCCCAGGCUUUCGGGACUGCACAGUGUACAAGGGCCGCGAGGUGUGGUUUCUCAAGAGGGCUCAGAUAUUUGUUGGGGAUGUUUGGGGAGCCUUCCAAGGCCAGGGCCUGGGGAGGUUUGAGGACAUAUCACAGCUGACAAUGUUUGCAGACUACCGGGUGCCAGUCGUGCUGCGCCAGAUGGGCAUCCUGGUCUACUCGGACCAGCUCGCCCACAAAGUGGAAGGUGGUGAGGAGUUGGCAGCUGGCAGUAAGGAGGAGGUAGAAAUCAGGGCGUGCACCAUCGAGGCAGUGGAGGCGCUGAAGCGCGCUCUGCAGGAGAGGUCAAGCAAGGAUGGCUGUGUUGUGCCCCACAGCGUGCAGCUGGACUGGUUUCUGUGGGAGACAGGGGAAAAGGAGAGGGAAACAGCCCCCCCACAUCACCGAACGCAGACCACCUUCUACUGACGGACUGCUGUCGAUGAUUGUUUUGUAUGGAGAUGAUUUUGUAACAUGAUGGUGCCACCAUGGCAGCAAGAUGCACCGAUAUAUACACUGUUGUCAUUACCGUGUUGGCAUUUGUACGCUGCAGAAAGGCCUGUGCAAUAAUGGUUUAUUUGGUUGCUUUGUGUGUUUGCGUGCUGUUCUCGUGUUACUCUGUACUGGGUACAAGUGCCACUAGUGCCUGCUCUGGAGAUCUCUGAAGAUGCGCAUUUGUUCUGGUGAAUGCCAGUGUAAGACAUUGCAUACGCUC